CCGAGAUUUUCCGAACAUCCAAAAUAUGAGGACCUUCGUGGAAGGGUGCAGAAGCUGUCUGAAGAACUGCCGAAAGACCUAGAGGGGUUGGUCUACUUUACCAGAAAUUCGCGUUCUCUCAAUCAGGGGCUCGAGGAGUUGCUGCACAGUUGCGGGCCCCUGAUUUGGGGCGAGCAUGCUGACCGGAACCUGCUACUGCAACCCGUGUCACCUGAGGAGUUGUACCAAAAAGACUUGAUUUACGAAGAGCCUGAGGACAGAAACUACCUUUUUGCAGUAUCAAGACAUGUGCGCAUGUGGAUCAUCGUAAAGGCCGCCUACGCCAUUCGCGCAAGGAAGCAAAGUAAUUCCUUGCGUGAAAAACAAAAAAAAGAAAUUCCUGACGUUGAUGGCGAGAGCCUGUCACCCUCUAGCAUAACACAGUCGUCUACCCCACCAGACAAGCAUUUCAAUACUGGAAUUGACCUUUCUGUCCGAUCAAAGAACCCAAACAAGCGGAAGAUCGAUAUCUACUUGACCGAUUCUGAAGAUAACAAAACUGAUUCAACACCUAUCAACCGUCCAUAUGACACUACGAGGAUAAAACGAAAAGGCAGUCUCAGUAAACCUCACCCCUACCUAAAAAUUGAGGAUUCAGGAAAUAUAGGAAACAUGUCAGGAAUCCCAACAUAUAAUCAUCGCUUCUCUCCUGCACCAGAAAGCGGGCCAGAAACUGCAGGAACACCGCUCGCUUCCUUGGUGAGCAAUGAACUCAACGCUGUGCAGAAACCAUUCGCUGUUUUACAGGGCCCGAAACCAGUGAUUCCUACCGCAGUCAACACUAACGACUUCACGCCGUUCAUUACCACACGAUCUGCUCAAGAGAUCUAUAGAGACCCAGUACGGGAAGCCACGCAAGAAAAUCUUGACGAGAUCCGGGGACGCUCUUAUGGAAGCAAUCAUGAUAACAGCAAUAGCCAUUCAAGAGUAGAUGAGCCUUCUUCGCCUAGAUCAGCCCCGCCCGGAGAUGCUGAACCUUUACGCUCUGUUAUGUCAGCACUGUCUACAACUGCUUGGGAAAACCAUGUUUUGCCGUCAGUGGCUGCCAUUCUAUCGAGCAAUCUGGGUAAUAGACACAUGAAGAAAGAAUCCCCUGUAGAACAGCAUCCUCAAAAUUCCCUCAUUACCCAAUUGCCACCGCAACAAUCACAAAGUUCUCAACAACAAAAGCGCCGACACAGUCAACCGCAGCACAAACAACAUACCAUACAUUCAUAUCAUGGGCAAACUCAGCACCAACUGUCUCUUCCUCGACCGUCUUAUGCAAAUAAUGCUUCGACCCACAAAUUUGGACAAUCUGUUCCGUUCGACCCUCGCUAUAGAUCCAACACCCCUCUUGCGCAGGCCACAACCAAUAUGCAAACUACGGGACCUAUCACGGAGCCAUCAUCGGCACUUUCUUCACAAGGUGCGACCGCCGAUGAUAUAAAACUGGUUCCAAUUCGGGAUGCCGCUCCGUUCAUUUUUCCAAUGCAUCAUUUCUCUGAAAAGCUGCAGACGCUACAAUGUCAAUUUACUCGGAGUCUGUGGAUGGUUUUUUUCCAUAAGAAUGGCAGGCCUGUCGACGAAAAGGCGCUCCUCCACCAGCUCCACGACUUAUGGUACUACGGUGCAUCGCGAUUCCGCAUCAAGCUCUCCAACGAAUACGACCAGCUCCACAAUACCCUGGCCGUCUGGGUCCACAAACGAAAUUUUUUUGCCAAAUUGCGUGUCUUGAUGGCUGCAAAACCGGCCUCUCGAGAUGUGUUAGUCGAACGCGCACGGGAAAUGAACGAGCUCCGAAUGGCAAUAAUCCAUUGGAAGAGUUUGAGUGCUGAUGAUAGCACGAGCCCUGAGAAACGGCUCUGCGAAGCGUUCGAGGUCAUGACCAACAUAGAAGGAAGUCGGGAUCUGAUGAUGGACGAGCUUCUAAGACUCAAUCUUGAUGAGUCCCAGUUAUUCAGUAGCAAAGAUCUCAAAAUUCUCCUGCAAGCAGCAGCAAUUUGA